AAAAUGCCUCCAAGAAACAGCUUCGUUCGAACCCUAACUGCUUGCGCCUGAGCCAGCGGUGUGCGACUUGGUCUAAACGCGAUCUUCUGCUCUUCUUCGAGUAUAGUGUAGCUGUCAAGUCAUAAAUCAGUUUUGUCACUCAAUUAAAGUUUCCGUUGGAGGCAGCCAAAAUGUCGCGGAAGGGUUUGAUGGAACAAGACCUGAGUAAGUUGGAUGUGACAAAAUUGCAUCCACUUUCUCCAGAAGUCAUAUCUCGGCAAGCUACUAUUAAUAUUGGCACCAUAGGUCAUGUGGCACAUGGCAAGUCAACAGUUGUGAAAGCCAUAUCAGGUGUUCAGACUGUGCGUUUCAAAAAUGAGUUGGAGCGUAACAUUACAAUCAAGCUUGGCUAUGCAAAUGCAAAAAUAUAUAAGUGUGAAGAUGAACGGUGUCCAAGGCCUAUGUGUUACAAGGCUUACGGAAGUGGAAAGGAAGAUAGUCCUAUGUGUGAUGUACCUGGGUUUGAAAACUGCAAGAUGAAAUUGCUGAGACAUGUUUCUUUUGUGGAUUGUCCAGGACACGAUAUUCUCAUGGCUACAAUGCUUAAUGGAGCAGCAAUCAUGGAUGGUGCUUUGCUACUCAUAGCUGCUAAUGAAAGCUGCCCACAGCCACAAACCUCUGAGCAUUUAGCUGCUGUGGAAAUUAUGCGUCUGCAGCACAUAAUAAUCCUUCAGAACAAGGUAGACCUGAUUCAAGAAAAUGUGGCAAUCAAUCAGCAUGAAGCAAUUCAGAAGUUUAUUCAAGGAACUGUUGCUGACGGUGCACCAGUAGUACCUAUUUCAGCACAGUUGAAGUAUAAUAUUGAUGUUGUCUGUGAGUAUAUUGUGAAGAAGAUUCCAAUCCCUGAAAGGAACUUUGUUUCUCCACCUAAUAUGAUAGUAAUUCGGUCAUUUGAUGUCAACAAACCCGGUUUUGAGGUUGAUGAAAUUAAAGGAGGUGUAGCUGGUGGAAGCAUUCUAAGGGGUGUUUUGAAGGUCAACCAAUUCAUCGAAGUUCGACCUGGGAUUGUUGUUAAAGAUGAGAGUGGAAAUAUCAGAUGCACACCCAUAUACUCCAGAAUAGUUUCAUUGUAUGCUGAACAAAAUGAGCUUCAAUUUGCUGUGCCUGGAGGCCUAAUUGGUGUUGGGACAACUAUGGAUCCCACUUUGACACGUGCUGAUAGGUUGGUUGGUCAAGUUCUUGGAGAAGUUGGAUCACUACCCGAGGUUUUUGUGGAACUUGAGGUAAAUUUUUUCUUGCUUCGACGACUUCUUGGUGUCCGAACAAAAGGCUCUGAGCGACAGGGGAAGGUAUCUAAGCUGGCCAAAGGAGAGAUGCUAAUGUUGAACAUAGGAUCAAUGUCAACAGGGGCCAGAGUAAUUGCUGUGAAGAACGACUUGGCAAAGUUGCAACUUACUUCACCCGUGUGCACUAGCAAGGGUGAGAAGAUUGCACUUAGUCGACGUGUUGAGAAGCAUUGGCGUCUUAUUGGGUGGGGUCAAAUCCAAGCAGGAAUCACCCUUGAUGUCCCUCCUGCCCCCCUUCUGAGUUGAACACUGAUAAGAGACAGACCACAAGAAUCACUUGCUAUAAAAACCUGAGAUGCAUUUAGAAAUGUGGGAAGGGAGACAAUUGUUGGGAACCAUUUUUGUGAGGUGGAGAAGAAAACUUGCGUUGUUUCUAUUUUUUGUUUUUACAUCUUUAUUUGUUUUCACAUCCUCCUACCUAUUAUUGAAGUUGUAUCUUGAGUUUAGAUUGGGCACCUUACCAAUAAGCAUUAUUGGUCCGGCAUGCUAUACAUACCGUGAAUCAUUUCAUAUUGUAAUCAAUAUCUUAGCAACGGUUGAAAACA